GCAGUAGCAGAGCCCGAGUUGCAGUGGCAACAUCGCUCCCAAGCUGCGACAGCCACCGUGCAUUUAGCGCGCGAUAAUAGCCAUUACACAACUCGUAGCAGCCUCACCUCUGGCUCCCGGGGUGGCAUUCGCUCGCCAAGGACCGCACUUACUCUCUCGUCUCCCGUACAGUCCUUGGGACGUCGAUUUUCCAUAGACGAGCCACCGUGGAGCGCAGAGAGACAAUGAGCGAGAAAGAGCGUGUCUCCAGCGGUUCUCGCGAAGGAUACUGCGGUGGUGACUUUUCCUUUCGGUAGUGUGGCCCUUUGUCAGGCCCCGGAACCCGUAAAUCAUACACCGGCCAGUCGGUGGGCCCCGGCUGUUAGCGCUUGCGUGAAGAGCCCCCGAAACCGGCAGGAAGCCGAACCCGGAAUUCGGAAGGAGGCACGUCGUAAUGUCACACUAGUGGAAAUCGACUAAUGCCAGGAGAAAGUCUGCGAUGACCACGUGCUACACGGGACAAUGUAAAAAUUUCAGAUGCACUGCUGGCUCCGGAGAGCACGCUCUCACUUUCAAUCACGAACUCGGCCGAGAACGUUGUGACGUUCGGAUUUUUCCAAAUUUGAAGUAGCAAAUAGAAGAAAAUGGCGUUCGUGCGCGCCUUGAACUGCGUGAAGCGGGUUAAAAUCCCUGAAGGCACGAUUUGUAGACACGCUUCCACUACCAACCCCGCGAUGCACUAUCAAUUCGAGCCCCUGAGAAGAAACACGUCAACGCCGCAAGUUUAUUACGGGGGACGGCACACCGUGACGCUCUUGCCCGGUGCCGGCGUUGGUCCCGAGCUCAUGGAGUACGUCAAGGAGAUUUUCAAAUUCACCGGCGUACCGGUGGACUUCGAGGAGAUCGAGAUCGACGGCAACUCGACCAACGACGACCUGGAAUACGCGAUCAUGUCGAUCCGUCGCAACGGCAUCGCGCUCAAGGGCAACAUCGAAGCCUACCACCCCGACAAGCAGCAGGAGGUCGUGUCCGGCAACGUAACGCUCCGCAAGGAGCUCGACCUCUACGUCAACGCGGCUCACUGCGUCUCCUACGACGGAGUACGAAGUCGCCACAGGAACGUCGACAUCGUCAUCAUCCGGCAGAACGUCGAUGGCGAGUACGCCAUGAUGGAGCACGAGGCCGUCGAGGGAGUCGUCGAGAGCAUGAAGAUCAUCACGCGCCCCAACGCCGAGAGAAUCGUGCGCUACGCGUUCGAGUACGCGCGGCGUCACAACAGGAAGAAGAUCACCACGGUGCACAAGGCCAACAUAAUGAAGCUCUCGGACGGCCUCUUCCUGACCGUCGCCCGGGAGAUCGCCCGCGACUACCCGGACAUCAUCCACAACGACAUGAUUGUGGACAACACUUGCAUGCAGCUGGUCGCCAACCCGCACCAGUUCGACAUGAUACUCACGACGAACCUUUACGGCUCGGUCAUCUCCAACGUGCUGUGCGGUUUGCUGGGAGGCGCGGGUCUGACCUCCGGCAAGAACAUCGGCGAGCACUACGUCAUCUUCGAGUCGGCGACGCGCAACACCGGCGCCGGCAUCGCCGGCAAGAACAUCGCCAACCCUGUGGCGAUGCUCAACGCCUCGGUUGACAUGCUGAGACACCUGAACCGCCAGCGUCAUGCCGGACUCAUCAGCAAUGCCAUUGUUGGCAGCAUUAGAGGGGGUGUGCGCACCCAGGAUCUGGGCGGAACCGCUACCAGCAGGGAGGUCGUCGACGAUAUUCUCAGGCGCAUCGACAUCGCCGCCACUAAUGGAAAUUAGUCGGCGCAGGUCGAGAUACAUCGAUUACACGGACAUUCCGAAUUGCUCUUGCUUUCCUGGUGUACAGAGUGAGUGAAUAGAGAGUAAAUAAAUAGUUUUACCGAA